AUGAGAGAAGACUGUCCUACUUGUGGUAAACUAGUCAAAAAUAUUUUUGGAGAUAUUAGAACAUGCCAAGGAUGUUCAAAAAAUAAUUCUCCCAAUAAACAACAAUUCCAAAACUUUUUAUCCACUUUAGCCCAACUUCAACAAUACUUUACCGCCAACAGCAUCCACUCCAUCACCAAACUUUCGGAAACUUCUACUCUAAUGGAACCGGAACAAAAAAGGAAAAAUAAAAUGGAUAAGCAGGAAUUGGAGCAGGAAAUUAAUAAACUUAAAACUCAAACAGAACAAAAUCCUAAUAAACCAGUUUGGCCUUGA